AUGGGAUUCUCCAAAACCUCUCUAUCUCUUUUCUUAUUCUUCAUUUUACUUUCUUCAUCUUAUGCAACUUCUCGCUUCACACGUCAACAACGAUUUCCAACAAGAAAAUUUUCAUCAAAUGGACUAGCUGAACAACUUAUAAGAAGCUUGAACUUAUUCCCAAAGCAUUCAGCUAAUAUACAUGGUGAAUACUCUAUCGAUGAUUUCGUCCCGGGAAAAAUCGUAGAGAAGUCGUUUUCGUUUCUCGCUAGUUCUAAUGGAACUUCUGUUGAAGAUCUCGGUCACCAUGCUGGAUUCUAUACGCUUCCUCAUUCCCAAAAUGCAACGAUGUUCUAUUUUUUCUUUGAAUCAAGAAAUGGUGCUAAGGAUGCACCAGUUGUGUUAUGGUUGACCGGAGGUCCAGGUUGUGCCAGUGAAUUAGCAUUGUUUUAUGAGAAUGGUCCUUUCAAAAUUAACAAUGAUCUGUCUCUUUCAUGGAAUGACUUUGGUUGGGACAAGGGAUCAAAUAUUAUUUUUGUUGAUCAACCCAUUGGGACAGGUUUUAGCUACGCUCCUGAUUCAAGUUAUAUUCCUGAUGAUGAAUAUAGUGUUACCGAGGAUAUGUACGAUUUCUUAGGGGCAUUUUUCAGGGAACACCCUGAAUUGGUUAAGAAUGAAUUUUAUAUUGCUGGAGAAUCAUAUGCUGGACAGUAUAUUCCACCUCUUGCAUCUCGAGUUCAAAAAGGAAACAAAGACAUAAACUUAAAGGGUUUUGCUAUUGGUAAUGGAAUGACCAAACCAGAAACUCAAUACCCAGCAUACACUCAGUUUGCAGUUGAUAACAAGUUGAUCACAAAGGAAGAUCAAGCGAAUAUCAACAACAAGUUGGUUCCACCAUGUUUGGAGGCCAUCGAUACUUGUGGGGUUGAUGGUCAAGAAGCUUGCGAAACAGCUUUAAAACAAUGUCAAAAAAUAUUUACGAGUAUAUUGGACAUUGCAGGCAACAUUAAUUACUAUGACAUCAGAAAGAAAUGUGAAGGAAAAUUGUGUUAUGAUUUCUCAAAUUUGGAGAAAUUUCUAAAUAAUACUGCAGUUAGGAAAGCAUUAGGUGUUGGGAACAUAGAGUUUGUUUCAUGCAGCAGUGAAGUGCAUGAUGCUUUGGUUCAAGAUUUGAUGUUUAACUAUGACCAAUAUAUUCCACCACUUCUUGAGAAUGGAAUCAAAGUUCUUAUAUAUGCUGGAGAAUUCGAUUUUAUUUAUAAUUGGCUUGGGAAUUCUCAAUGGGUUCAUGCCAUGAAGUGGUCAGGUAAAGAACAAUUUGUGGCCUCCAAAACAGUUCCUUUUUUGGUUGAUGGUAAAAAUGCGGGAUCGUUGAAUAAUUAUGGACUUCUCUCUUUUCUAAAGGUGAAUGGUGCUGGACAUAUGGUUGCUAUGGAUCAACCAAAAGCUGCACUUCAGAUGUUGGUUAACUGGAUGCAAGGGAACCUGAAUGGGACGAAGAUUUAAUUUUUUUUCAAGAACAUCGUUUGACAUAAAUAGUGAUCACAACUUUGUUGUA